AUGGCACCAACAAAACAAGAACUCUCCCUCCUGAUUAAUCCUCUCGUCCCUGAAUCCGUCCAACACAACAAUCGCGUUCUCUCCAACCUCCACUCCCUCACCUCAUUUCUCCUAGGCCUCACAGCGGGUAUAUUAGCCCUCCAAUCCGCAACGGGAUUUAUCUUCUAUCUUGUCGGAACGGUCUUCGUCUCCGGGGUAUUCCAUCUGGUGCUGCUUUCGCGAUCCGGCGGCGUCGGCGCGGGAGCAUUCUUUCCGGGCUCGAACGCGGGAGAGAUCGAGGGCGUUAAUGAGCGCGGGUUCAUACCGGCUGGUUUGGGUUCUGGUUCGACAGGAGUCAAGAGGAUGGGUGCCUGGAAGGAUGUUUGGUUUGGGGGCGGUGUUUUGGGUGAGGCGUUGUCGGGGUUUGUUCUGGGGUGGGCGGGAGUUGGGGGGGUUUUAAGGUGA